CAGUGUUUAUUGCUAUUCCGCUGUGUUCAUACGUGUAUUAGUUUUUUAAGUGAUUUAGAAAUAAUCAAAGAUUUAUCCUUUCGUGUAAUUGAGAUAAUAUUCGGAAUAUUGGUCCGCGUAAUAGUACCUAUUUAUUUUUAACAUUCACAUAAUAUUACGUUGCAAACACUUGGUGUAAAUAACAACCAUCAAUUUCAAUUUAUAAACCUAAAUAGAGAUGUUUUUGUGUAUUUCUAAUAAAUACCUGAAUAGGUAAUUACAUUUUAAGAAAAGUAAGUUUUAGUUAAGAAACCAGACAUCAGUUUUAAGAUGGACGAAAACAAACUAAGGUUCGCAACACUAGCGAGUCACGCUGGCAAUGGGCAGAACCAGUGGCAAGGAGGUGUAUACCCUUCCAACAGUAGCUCAUCCGCAUUGAACCAGGACGGACCCAAUGAAAGUCAUGACAGCAUCACAACAGGCAACUCAAGUCAAAAGGCGCUAGAGGCUCGUCUCGCUGCGAUCGAAGGUGCUAAGUACGCAUGCGCAUAUGCCUCGGGCUGCGGCGUCGCAUGCGCAGUCAUGAGCUUACUAAGUUCCGGUGACCACCUGUUGACCAGCCAGGACAUCUACGGAGGCACGUCCAGGCUGAUUAACUCCUUCGUAUCGAGAAUGGGCGUGAAAGUUUCUUAUGCAGAUUUCUGUGACCUAAAGACCAUCAAGACAGAAAUAAAUAAUGACACUAAGAUGAUCUGGAUAGAAACUCCGUCGAACCCACUUAUGAAGAUAGUAGACAUUGCGGGAGUAGUGGCGGUGGCAAGGACGCAGCCCAAUAUAAUAGUUGUCGUGGACAACACCUUCCUCACACCCUACUUCCAAAGACCGUUGGACCUUGGAGCUGAUAUAUCCAUGUACUCCAUCUCUAAGUAUAUGAACGGACAUUCCGACGUGAUUAUGGGAUCUGUUGCAGUCAAUGACGCUGCUUUAGCAGAGAAGCUUCGCGUCAUACAAAACUCAAUGGGGAUCAUCCCGUCGCCGUUCGACUGCUACCUGGUGCGGCGCAGUCUAACCACUCUGGCACUACGCUUGGAACAGCAUCAGAAGAACGGGCUUGCUGUCGCCAACUGGCUGAAGGAGCAUCCCGACGUCAUUGACGUCAUGCAUCCGGGAUUGCACUCGCAUCCUCAGCAUGAGCUGGGCAGGAGGCAGACGACGGGCCACUUCGGAGUGCUAAGCUUCAGGCACCGCGGGGGCUGGCAGCAGACGAGCGCCUUAGUCAGUGCACUCCGCCUGUACAUACUUGCUGAGGGACUGGGCGGCUACGAGAGUAUGGCUAACCUGCCAUGUAUUAUGAGUCACGGUUCGGUGCCAGACGAUAUUAAAAAGAAACUCGGCAUCACGGAGAACCUCAUCAGACUUUCCACCGGCAUCGAAGAUAUAAGUGACAUCAUAGCGGAUUUGGACCAAGCAUUUAAAUCAGCAUUUGGCAACCAAUAAAGCAAUAAGGCAAUAAUACAGGUGUCAUUGCUCUUUCGUUUCAUACAUGUAUUAAAGGUUUUUCGUACUA